CAACUAUUGUAUUUAAGAAGCAGGUCUGUCUUCUUAACAAGCAGUGUUACAGAGCGUAAAGAUGGUAACUACCAAUCCAUUCAAUGGGGGAUUCAGUGAGCUGGAAGUGUUUGCACUGGGGACUGCUCUAUUACUGGAAGCACUCAUCGGACUCAUCCUGAAUGGCAUAACAAUUUUGUCCUUUUAUAAGAUAAAGGAAAUCCAGACACCAAGUAAUCUCCUGGUAGCCAGUUUGGCUGUAUCUGACUCAGGCAUCUGCGUGAAUGCAUUAAUCGCUGCAUUUUCAAGCUUUCUAAGGUACUGGCCUUAUGGAUCUGAGGGUUGCCAGACUCAUGGCUUCCAAGGCUUUCUAACAGCCCUGGCCAGUAUUAAUGCCUGUGCAGCCAUUGCCUGGGACAGAUAUCAUCUGAACUGUAGCAGGUCAAAAUUGCAAUGGAGAAGCACCAUGGUUGUUAUAUUAUUUAACUGGGCUUUUGCUGGAUUCUGGUCUGUUAUGCCAUUGCUGGGCUGGGGUGAAUAUGACUACGAGCCAUUGAGAACCUGCUGCACGUUGGACUACUCAAAAGGUGACAGAAAUUUUAUCUCAUACUUCAUUCCAGUGGCACUUUUUGAAUUUGCCCUUCCACUUUUCAUCUUGUUGACUUCUUACCAAUCUUGCGAGAAUAAGUUCAAGAAAACUGGACAAGUCAAGUUUAAUACAGGGCUGCCUUUUAAAAUCCUUCUAAUUUGCUGGGGGCCUUAUAGCCUUCUCUGCAUGUAUGCUGUCAUCGAAAACGUUACGGUCUUACCUCCAAAAAUUAGAAUGCUUCCUGCUAUCCUUGCAAAGACUUCUCCCACAGCCAAUGCUUUUGUCUAUGCAUUAGGCAAUCCAAAUUUCAGAGGAGGGAUCUGGUCCUUCCUAACAGGACAAAAAAUGGAACCUAUUGAAACAGAUGGGAAACUUGAGUAAACAAAAUACAACCACUUACAGAAAUGGGAAAUGGACCGAAAUGUAGAGCAAAACUAUCGACCCAACCUGCAAUAUUACAUUGCUUUCACAGCAUCCUACUCUGUAACAUGUCUGAAUAAUUGUAUUUGUACUUCUAAACAACAUGAAUAUGCAUGUACACAUUUUGGCUCCAAAAUUUCUUAAACCCAAAGGGUUAAGCAUUUCACUUUGUUUCAGAUAAAUGAUCUUGUCCUCUGUGUUUGAGACCUUUGGCAUACUGUGUUUUACCUGUCUUGCUAAGUAUCUACUAUUUUUUCAAGUGGAGCAAUGCACAGUUAGAAAUAUAUUUCAUAGUUUUUGCUGAAGUUUAAAUGCAGUGUCCUAACUAGAUUCAAUUCUAUAUUUUCAGAAGUGGGAUUCAAUUAUUUCUCAAUGCCAUUUUCAAAAAUAUAACCUAUUGUAUGUCAUGAGGGCAAAAUAUACUAAAAAUAUUUUAAGUCAUUGUUACACAACCACUAAUUCCAGCUUGAAAUAAAUGUACCUCUGUGUAA